AGUAUGAGUGUGUGGGUGAACCUUGAAAGAAUGGCAGGAGUACCAAACAAACCAGAAUCUGAAAACCAGAAUCAGUUAGAUUUUGGCACUGAACCUGAACUCAUCAGUAUACAUAUAUUUUCAAGAUGAGUGGAGAACGAUAUAAAACGAAAAAAGAUUCAAAUGCUAUACUCGCCUUGGAGGAUUUUAGCUCGAAGACUCUUCAGGAUUACGAAGUGCUGGCCGUAAUGGGUAAUGGCACCUUUGGCACUUGCUACAAAGUGAGAGACAAAAUCACCGGACACUUGUUUGCAUGGAAGGGCAUGAACUAUGAUGAACUGGAUGAGGAGAAAUGCGAUUCCCUAAUAUCGGAAAUAAAUGUCCUCAGCCAGCUACAGCAUCCAAAUAUUGUACAGUAUUAUCAUCAUUUGGUCAAUCGUGAAGCAAAGUCCAUAUACAUUGUUAUGGAAUGUUGCGCCGGCGGCGAUUUGGCUCAAGUGAUUCAAAAGGCGCGCAAACAGAAGCAACGCUUCGAGGAGUCUUACAUCUGGCGGGUUCUCUUCCAGUUGUGCCGGGCCCUUCAGGUGUGCCACAAUAAAAUAGCCAACGGUACAAUACUCCAUAGGGACAUUAAGCCAGCAAACAUAUUUCUGGAUGAGCGCGGUAAUGCGAAAUUGGGUGAUUUCGGUUUAGCGCGCAUGUUGGCCAGGAAUCAGAAUUUUGCCGCCUCCUUUGUAGGCACGCCUCAUUAUAUGAGUCCAGAGCUGGUGAAAGGCAGGCAAUAUGAUCGAAAAAGUGAUGUUUGGUCAGUGGGUUGUUUGAUAUACGAGAUGUGUGCUCUCCAGCCGCCAUUCAGAGGACGAGUCUUUGAGCAGUUGACUAAAAAGAUAACCCAAGGUGAAUUUAAUGGCAUUCCCAAAGUGUUUAGUAGCGAUCUACAGGAGAUUAUAAGUUUCAUGCUGUCUGUGGAUCAUGAGGAACGUCCUGGCAUCGAGGUUAUCAUACGCCAUCCAUUGGUCGUGCGCAAUAUCAAGGACUUGGAGGGUGACUAUCCGAAAUUAAUUGACGCCGAGGAGGAUUACCCAAUGCCAUCGGGUCAUGGUAAACUUUUCGAGGAUGCAGAUUGUUCUAGCGAUAGGUACAGUUUCCAUGAGGAAGCUCCAUAUGGUCAGCGACGUUUGAGUCUUUCAAGUGUCUUCACGCCGGAUUUGCGCAACGAACUCUUCUAUUCGGUGAAGCGGCGUCUCAAGUUACAAAAAUCUGAACCCGAUCUAUAUGAGAGCAUACGCAAGGAGUCGGAGCAUUUGGAGGAUAUACCGCUUGUCACUUCUGUUAUGCAGAAAGAGACCAAGCUGCCUAGUCCUCGACACUUGACAGAGACGAUUUUCGGUGAUGCCUUACAAAACCGUCUCCAGGCUAUAAAAGCUCAGGAAUCAUUGUUGCAGCAGAAAUCCCUUGAGCUGGAUCAGAGGGAACAACGUCUAAAAAUGUCCGAGCAACGUGUGCACUUGAUGGAGCGGCAACUUCAGGAGAAAUUACAACAAGCCAGUAGCGAUUGUCGGCCAUGUCAAUGCCAAACACAAUCGUUGCCCACGCUAGCUCCGCCCAUUCCUCCCAGGAAACCGCCUUUAUCCUUCUCCGUGAAGAACAACUCGGAUGACACUUACUGUUCCAUUGAACUAAACGACACUUCACCAACGGUGGCCAAACUUAAUUUGGCCUCUUUACCAGCACCCAAAUCCCUGAAGAGCCGUCGUGUCCACUUUCAGCCUCCGUCCACUGCUGUUCCAGUCUCAGCUCCGCAGCCUAUGCAAAUGAGCGUGUCCAGCAAUGAAUCGGGUGAUACUCAAGUUUCCAAACGGAAAUCUUCGAUUUUAUCGCUUUUCGGUCUGAGUCGAAAUAAUAAAUCAGAGUCCAAGACGGCGGUUAAUUCUAUUCCUCCAGUUCCACGUGCUCCACUUGCAUUGAAGCAGGAACCAGUAGAUGGAUCAGGAUUGCCAGCCCCCAUCACCAAUUUGUGGUCUAAGGAACAAAAGAAGCAAGCUUUUGAACUAUUGGCCGCCAUGAAUGCUGCCGAAAAGGAAGCCUCCAGCAAUAUGGUCAAUGGAUUGACAUCGGGUGGAGCAGUUGGACCAAAUGGUAGACGUCAUCAGCUGCGACAAUCUGUAAGAGAACGCAACACAACGUUACAAAGGAAUCGCAUGAGACGAUCAUUGGUACUGAGUGGUACCCAACAGCAAAAGCUAACCGCCAAGGAGCACAUUUUGAUUUGAUAAAGAGGAGCAUGGAGAAAGAAGGAAGUGGUCUUGGCGCUAAAGCGUUUAAACUAAAACGAGUUGUGAUGUGGAAUAAGGUUCCGUACUGAUUUUCUUUUCUUUUUUUUUUUUUAAAUGAAAACCA